GUUUCACUAAAUCCCAAAGACAAAGCGAUGUCAGGCCCAUUCUUGUACAGAAGAAGUUAGGCCCAUUCUAAAUACACCAAUUCAUCAUUCCUGCUAUACACUGCUUCUUCCUUCAGCCGCUCAAAACCAGCUAGGGUUUCACUUCUCCUGUGAGAUCUGUAGCUUGUUAGAAGCUGAAUCUAUAUCAAAAUGAGUAAGCUUCAAAGUGAGGCAGUGAGAGAAGCAAUCUCAGGAAUCAUGGGUGAUUCCAAGGACAAACAAAGGAAGUUUGUGGAAACUAUUGAGCUUCAAAUUGGGCUCAAGAACUACGAUCCACAAAAGGACAAACGUUUCAGUGGCUCCGUCAAAUUGCCACACAUCCCUCGCCCCAAGAUGAAGAUUUGUAUGCUUGGAGAUGCCCAACACGUCGAAGAGGCAGAGAAAAUAGGUUUGGAGUCGAUGGAUGUUGAAGCUUUGAAGAAGCUCAACAAGAAUAAGAAGUUGGUGAAGAAACUAGCCAAGAGGUACCAUGCCUUCUUAGCUUCUGAGGCAGUCAUUAAGCAGAUUCCCCGUCUCUUGGGUCCUGGUCUCAACAAGGCAGGCAAGUUUCCAACACUUGUCUCCCACCAAGAAUCUCUUGAGGCAAAGGUUAAUGAGACCAAGGCUAUGGUCAAGUUUCAGCUUAAGAAGGUGCUCUGCAUGGGAGUAGCCGUGGGCAAUGUUAGCAUGGACGAGAAGCAAAUCUUUCAAAAUGUUCAACUCAGUGUUAACUUCCUAGUCUCUUUAUUGAAAAAGAACUGGCAGAAUGUUCGAUGCUUGUAUUUGAAAAGUUCCAUGGGAAAGUCUUACCGUGUCUUUUAGGAAGUUUAUUUUCUUAACAUUGUUCCGAUAUUCAGCGGCGCGCAAUCUCUCUCUUUAGUUAUCCUAAUAGUUGGAUAGAAUAUUUCAUCUUCUCACAAUUUUGCUGGUUUUUUAAUGUUAAUUUUUGUCUUUAUGUUAAAAUACUUGAUGAUUUUACGAUUGCUGAUUUUGGCGCCUGACUCA